AUGCCAAAUACGCCGCCGCCUGCGCUGCUGCCACCGCCCGAGGGUAUCUUUCGAUCCUUCGAAGACUUGAUGACAUCGGUUCAGCGUGUGGCAAAGGACCAAGGGUAUGGCAUUGUGAAGCUUCGAGCCUCCAACUACCGUGACGGCAAGCCAACCCGUUAUGACCUGGUCUGUGACCGUGGCGGCGUCAAAUACAGCAGCACCGCAAAGAAACGUAACCCCUCGACACGGAAGAUCGACUGUCCCUUCCGUGCAAAGGCUGUGUGCGAAGUUCAGCUCGGGAACCAAUGGCGAUUCGCCCUCCAGGAGGCGCGACAUAACCACGAACCUCGAGUGCCUUCAGGGACGCCCGGGCAGGAGAACGCACCACUCGCGACCACCAUUCGUUCUUUCACCAACAAGCUAGAUCGGCUAAGUCAUGACAUGGCACAGGGUCUGAUGCGUAUCGAGCAGCGGCUAGACCACAUCGAAAAGCGAAUGGAGAACCUCGAAGCGCGAGCGAGCGGCUACGAGCCCCGCUUCCAGGCAAUAGAGGGACGACUUCAAGGCAUAGAAGGGCCUAGAAUGGAUGGUAUGGGCAUGGAUGAUGUGGAAUCACGCCUCCUGGCCUCCACGGUCAUGUAG